AUGCGCAGCAAAAAAUACUGCGACACUGGCAUUUUUGUACGAGCUUUGUCUGAAAUAUAUCUGUUUCAGGAGCAGCAGCUGCUCUUCCCUGCUUCCAACGCAGUCGUGCCUUCUGCUGCAGCAGCAACAGCAACAGCAACAGCAGCUGCAC